AUGUGGCACCAUCACGGACGCGGGGCCCGGCUCCCUCAGCACCAUCUGCUGCCAGGGGCUCCGCGGUCGCUACAUGACCAUCCUCAUCCCUGGCCGCGAGGACACCCUGGUGCUGUGCGAGGUCGAGGUGGUUCUUCAGGGCUGCCAACCCCUACCCGGAGCUCCCAACGUGGCCCGUGGCCGCGUCGUGGCCCAGUCGUCCACGUUGAACGGUCUUGGCUUGGCUGCCAACGCCGUGGAUGGGGACAGUGACCCCGAGGGGGAUGGUGGUUCCUGUGCUCACACCGAGAAGGAGCUGGAGCCGUGGUGCUGGGGGGUCACCCGGGACCCGGGCCCCGGUGCCACCCCCACCAUCUGCUGCCACGGGCUGGUUGGGCGCUACGUGUCCAUCGUCAUCCCCGGCCGCGAGGACUCCCUCGUCCUGUGUGAGGUGGAGGUGGCGACACGGGGCUGUGUCCCACCGCCCGGAGGUAAGAACCCCCCAGGGGCCACCAACCACCAGGAGACCACCCUCGGGGACUCCCUGGUUGGACACGGCAACAACAACCCCGUCUGUGAGACCAUCACGGACACGGGUCCUGGUGCCACCAGCACCAUCUGCUGCCAUGGGCGGGCUGGGCGCUACGUGACCAUCUCCAUCCAUGGCCGGGAGGAGCAGCUGAGCCUGUGCGAGGUGGAGGUGGUGGAGGAGGGUUGUGCCGUGUGGCCCGGUG